AUCCAAGAGGAAGUAAGUGGUCUGUGAUCUAUAACCAGGCACACAGGACUCUGCCAUGGCUCAGGACUACUUGUGGUACCAGGGCAUUCCUUUUCCUUCCGAGGUGUACACCCCUGAAUCCAUAAAAGCAGCCCACGAGGAGCUGGUGGUGAAGGAUGAGGACAUCAUCACAGUGACCUACCCCAAAUCAGGAACCAACUGGGUGAUUGAGAUCCUGUGUCUCAUUCACAGCAAGGGGGAUCCCGAGUGGAUCCGCUCUGUGCCUAUCUGGGAUCGCUCCCCAUGGAUCGAGACUGAAGCUGGAUUCCAAACCAUAAAAGAAAGGAAGGAGGGUCCCCCCCUCAUCACCUCCCACCUCCCCAUUCAACUCUUCCCCAAGUCUUUCUUCAAUUCCAAGGCCAAGGUGAUCUACGUCAUCAGAAAUCCGAAGGAUGUCCUUGUGUCUGGCUAUUAUUACUCCGCUGGAGCAACGUACUUGAAGAAUCCGCAGUCUCUGCAGCAGUAUUAUGAGUGGUUCAUUGAAGGAAGGGUGCGGUUCGGGUCAUGGUUUGCACAUGUCCAGGGCUGGAUGUCCAUGAGGGAGAGGGAGAAUGUGCUGGUGCUCAGUUACGAGGAGCUGAAGAAGGACACGAGGAGCACUGUGGAGAAGAUCUGUCAGUUCCUGGGGAAGAAGUUGAACCCCGAAGAGCUGGAGUUGGUCUUGGAGAACAGCUCCUUCCAGGCCAUGAAGGAAAACACAAUGUCCAAUUUCAGCCUGCUGAGAGGGGAUUAUGUUUCUCCUGGAUUCUUAAUUACCAGGAAAGGCAUAACAGGGGACUGGAAGAACCACUUCACCGUAGCCCAGGCUGAAGCCUUUGAGAAAAUAUUCCAGGAGAAGAUGGCGGGACUUCCUACAGAGCUGUUCCUAUGGGACUAAGUCCAGACUUCUCCCUAUGUCUAUGGAGAAGAGGAUUUGUGUCUUCUUGGGGUCAGGGCAUGGAGCUGUCACUUGAUUCUGAUGUUAAAAUGUUCACGCUGUACAUUUGAUUCCUUGCUUGAUACAAAUCUCCAUGGUGUCACCCUUGCAUUUAUAGCACCGCAGCUAUUCGGAAAUCUUUCAAAGCCAGUCACCAAUGGUUACCUACAUUACUCAGAAGGCUGAGAAAUGAGGACCCAGGGUCAAAGCCAACCAGUCAGGAAAGUCAGUGAGACUGUUAUCUUGAAUGAUUCAGCAUGCAUGUGUAUGCACUCGUGUACACACUUACACACACACACACACACACACACACAUCAUUCCACUGAUGUUACUUUAAGUGUUUGUUGCUUCACAAACUUGGCCAGGCUAGGACAAAGAAAGGAAGCCUGAGAAUCUCUCUCUGCCACCAGGAGCCUGAGAAGCUAUGGGGAUCCAUAAUACCAGGGUCAUGGCUGAGAUCCUAGAGUGGAGAGAGAGCCUGGUGUCAACGGAGGACAUUGGAAGAAAACCGCGUUGCAUGCUCUGGGCAAUGAGUUCUGGGUGAUAUUAGCAGACUGGUCUUAGGGCUUUGAGUCAGAAGCACAGUCUCCCCCCUUUGCAAUCAUGAUGUCAACGCCAAUUCUCAAACUAAAAGAAUUGUGAAAUUA